UGGUCAUGGCUGCGCUCGAACACACCAGCCAUGUUUGCUAAUUCGAAACACAGAGGUUAGCGAUUACCUGUUUAUUAAUUAUAUCGUUUGGCCCAUCUAUCUACCAUAUACGUGUUCAGUCGAAGGCUCAAAAGCAUCGGUACCUCCUGAAAUCCACGGAUUUCAAGAUGGAGGCAAAUAACCAUUUCAACUAUGGCAGCCACUCUGUAUCGUCAAACUCAGGACUGAAACUCUCCUCAGGGGAUUCUCCCUACACUAACGGGUCCUCCAUGAGCUUCCCUCAGCAAGGGAAAAAUAUAAACGGUGAAAUGAAUGUGAAUGGUGUCACUACUGUAAUUGGGUCCAGUGUGCCUGGCUCCCACCCACCAACGGCUCCUUACCCUCAUAUGAGCAACCAUCACCAUCAGGGCAGCAUGGGCUAUGACUAUGGACUGUGGGCAGGACAGCCACAGUACAGCCCAACCAUGAGCUCUCCAUCUGGGCAUGGAAUGCAUCAGAAGCAGCCUCCUCCUGGAGUGAUGCAACAACAGACCCAGCACCACUUCCAAGGUCAUGGACAGUACCAACUAAAUGGUGGCAUGGGAGGGUCCCGUCAGCCCCCUGUGGCGGCCCUGCCUAAUGUGACUCUGUCGGGGAAUCAGUACUGGAACAGAGGUAACCCAGGGCAACAGCAGAUGGGGUAUAACUCUCAUGGUGUGUAUGGGGCCUACCAGAGUCAGGUGCACCCUGGGAUUGCACCCUCACAGCACCACCAGCAGCAGUCCCUACAGUCUCCCCCUCACCAACAGACACAGCAGCACCUUCACCAUCACCCUCACCAUCAGCACCAGCAGCACCAGCAGCAACCUCAGCAUUAUGGCAUGGUGCCCAAUGGGAUGCCCUACUACCAGCAUCAGCCGCAGCACCCACCCCUGCCUGCUCCCCAACCCCAGGCCCCACCCCCGCCGCAACCCCAGACGCAAUCUCAAAUGAUGCCGCCAACCUCCCAGAAUUUCACUCCCCCACGUGGCAGCCCCCAGCACCACAAUUUGGGGAGAGGGGGCAACGGCAGCCCUCUCCCUAUGGGGGUAUCCUCUGUACCAAUGAUGUCACCCUCAGCAGUUCCGGAUGGUGGGUCACCCCAGAGCCAGACCAGUGAGAGGAGUCCUCAUGGCACCAAUGUGGGGAUGCCUCCUGUCAUGCAAGGGAGGAUAAGUGAGUAUAAAGAAUCAGAUAAAAGCUACAAUGGGAUGGAGAUGUCAUCUGUAUCCCAGCGCCUGCCCAAAUGUGACAGUUACCCCUCUCAGCCCCCUGGACCCCUGACUGGGCCCACCAGUGACUACUGCCAGCCAGUGACCCAGCGCCUUGAAGUGGCGUCCUCAUCCCGGGAUCCGGUCAUGACCGCACCUCCCCACUCAAUGUCGUCGCCUCCCUCGGCCGUGUCGGCUCCGCCUCCUGUGCUUGUUACAUCGUCUGUGGCAACAACACCUCCAAGGGUGUCAGCUUCUGGUCCUCCUCAGCCUUCACCAGGACCCCCAGUGGUUUUAUCCCCUGUGGCUGUAUCUACUCCUCCACGGAACUCAACACCUCCCGUGGUGUCCUCUGCUCUCUCUCCAUCUGCGCCACACAGGCUGUCCUCCCCUCCGUUGGUGGUCCAAGGCCUUAGGCGUUCCCCUGUAUCUGGGUCUCAGAUGUCCCCUACUGGAUCCACUCAUCCAUCAGUAGUGUCUCCCCCCUCUUCAGUGUGUGCAUCCCCUACUAAAUCUUCUGCACCUCCACCCUUGAUGGAAAAAGCCAGUCGACCUUCAACAAUAUCUACACCCCAUUCUCUCACAGCCCUUUCAUCAGUGACCUCAAUGUAUUCACCAUCUGCAGUGGUCUCUAGUUUUACCACGACAUCGGUUCCCCCCCUCUCCGUUUCUGCACCGAUCUCUGCUCUUCAGCAGAUGGUCCAGGGAUCCAGACCUCCUCCUCUGACGCCAUGCCCUCCAGCUGUCACUGGAUCUUCGAGAGAGAGGCUGGGACCUCCAUCAGUAUGUGGGCCUCUGUCAUCAGUGACGGCAACAAGUUGUCGACCUCCUUCAACAGGUUCUGCACCUCCCUCAUCAGUGUCUGCCCCUCACAUGUCAGGACCUUUAACUCCCUUAGCAGUGUCCAUGUCUCCUUUAUCUGUCAGAGCACCUUUUGACUCAGUGCCCACACCUCCUCAGGCUCUCUCUCCUCCAUUAGUCUCUUCGCAAAACGCUGCACUAACCUCAUCUCCUAAGGCGGUGUCCUUCCCUCCUUCAACAGCCUAUGGGCCUAGAACCAUGCCUGUAUCUGGACCUCCUCCUCUCACAUCUCCUGCCAGGGUCUCUCCUGUCUCCAGGCCUCCUUCCUUGAUGUCUGCUCUUCCUCCAGCAGUGACAGCUCCUCUUCAGGCCCAUAUUUCUGCUUCCUCUGCGCCUCCCACACCCCAACAAUGCCCCAAAAUGUCUCUCCUUGAGACAGAGCGUCAUGGCAUCAGGAAUAAGGGUGGUUUUUCUAUUGGACCUAUUGGAGGACCAGGGGAAAGAAUGGCUCAAGACGAGCCUGAAAGGGAUAUGGUUAUGAUGUCAUCAAAGAUUGAUGCUACUGAGGCUCAGAGUAAGACUCACUCAAGUAAGUAUUUUCCCAUGACUCCCCAGCAGUCAAAGAGCUCUCCCAGAAGCACAGGAUAUGUUGACAGAAACCCCCCCACAGUCUUUACAGAGACGGAUACAGAUCUGAAACAAAGCUUGGAUGACACCUGUGAGACUGGGAAGUCGGUGGAUGAGUCCUUCCUGGCGGUGUCCACAUGUCUCAAUAGCACCACAAUGGAAGACACCAGUUUUACUGAGAAGGAAUCAACUUUUUACUCGUCACUGGAUGACACCUCGAGACUUGAUGACCCCCCUGGCAUGAAUGACACCUCUGGUUUGGAUGACGACUCAUGUAUGGAUUACUCUCGAUUUGACGAUGCUUCUAGAUUAGAUGACGAUGACUCUUCUCGCUUGGACGACACCUCUUGCAUGGACAGUGUCUCUCAAAUGGAUGAUGCUUCUUGUACGGAGAAUAGGUCACAAAUAUGUGACACCACAAUGUAUAGCAGUUUUUCCAUGGUUGACUCCAGAGAUGGUGUUCUGGAUGAUACCCAGGCGGACAGCUCUCGGGCUGAGGAGACCAUGGACAGCUGCCUGAGCACCAAGGAGUCAAUGCUGGAGUCCACUGUAAACAACACCUCCCAGAUUGAAGACUCCCAGAUUGAGUCAUCGCAGAAUGAGGCCUCCCUGUCAAGCUCCUUCAGCCCGUUCAAGCCUGCACCAGGCCGCAGAGAAAUAGAUGAGGAGCCAGAGGGUAGGGACAUACCAGACUCUGCUGAAACCAUCAAUGGAAAUGGCAUUGCCGAUGCUGCAACUGUGGCUCCCUCAUCCAUGGUCAAGAAGGAGGCUCUUGUAGCGCUCCUUGUGGAGAGCCCCGUUGUUCCCCUACUUCUGCCAACACCUGCUGAUGCUCCGCCUCCCACUGGGAGAAAGACAAAAACUCCUGGAAAACCCCGGAAGCCCAGAGCUCCAUCCUCCUCUACUCCAAUUCCCAAGGUCCCUGGGCAAGUCCAGAGAAAGCCCAAAACGAAAUCUCCCAAGGUGGAUAAGGUCGAGAAAGGGAAGAAGAAGCUUGAGAAAGAAGGGUUAGCUGAGAAGGAGAAAGGAACUGGUCGAAAACGAAAGAAGAGCAUUAAAGCAGAAGUUACAGAGCCACCAGGAGGCAUCACAGGCGAGGUGGUUGAUGGGUCAUUUCCUGGUCAAGAGCCAAUCAAAACAAUUGUUGCGGCCAGUGGUGAAACCCUACCCAUUGUCAAACCCAAGAAGGUCAAAAAGGCCAAGAAGCUGGAGCCAAAACCAGCCAAAAUACAGAAAAUGGAGACGGACACUAAAACUAAUGAAGAGGACAAUGAUGGAGAUGAUAGUUCCACUGCAGGUGACACUCCCAGGAGGAGGAUAGCUACAGAGGAACAGGUCCACUUCCCUUUGUUCCAUGGCUGGAGGAGGGAGAUCCGGGUGAAGAAGACUGAGGACAGGCUGAAGGGGGAGACCUGGUACUACAGUCCCUGUGGAAGGAGGAUGAAGCAGUUUCCUGAAGUCAUUAAGUACCUGAACAGGCAUCAAGACAGCCUGGUCACAAGGGAACACUUCAGCUUCAGCCCUCGCAUGCCCGUAGGAGACUUCUAUGAGGAGAAAGACACGCCAGAGGGAGUGCAGUGGGUUCUGUUGGCUAAUGAGGAGGUGCCUUCCAUGAUCAUGGCCAUCACUGGUCGCCGCGGGCGGCCUCCAAAUCCUGACAAGGAGAAGCCGAGAUCUCGAGUUCGACGCACCAAGGUUGGACAGGUGCGACGUCCAGGCAGGCCCCCCAAGCCCAAGAUGGUAGACCUGCUCAGCAAGGUAGACGCCCGGAUGCUAAAGAAACUGGAGGCAAAGGAAGCACUUACUGAUGAGGACAAAGAAAAACUUGUAAAAAUCAAGAAGAAAUUGAAGAGAAAGGCAAGGAUGAAAAGGAACGAAGAUGCAAAGAACAAGAAAAUAAAACAAGAGAAGAAGAAAGCCAAACUUGACAAAGAGAAAGAGACCAAGGAGCCAGAGGGAAAUGCAGAGCUUGUAGAUCAGGAGACCCCCCAGGCCCCUCAGCCGACCCCACAGCCUGCUCCAGAUCCCAAGAAGCCCGGUCGCAAGAAGAGGGUGAAGGCUGAGGUGCCUGUGCCGGUGCCCGAGACUGACCAGGAGAGGCUGGCCCAGGGGAAGAGGGUGCUCGGGGCUCGGAGCAAGGCCAAAGCCCUGGCUAAGGCCCAGGCAGAGGCAGAGGCUGCAGCCCAGGCUGCCCUGACAGCAAAGAGGCAGGCUGAGAGGAGGGCGCAGGCCCAGAGACGGCUGGAGGAGAGGAAGAGGCAGCAGAUGAUCCUGGACGAGCUUAAGAAGCCCGUUGAGGACAUGUGUCUGACGGACCACCAGCCCCUUCCAGAGCUGUCUCGGAUUCCUGGAUUGGUUCUCUCUGGCCCAGCCUUCUCCCACUGUCUGACGGUGGUGGAAUUCCUGCACAGCUACGGGAAGGUCCUGGGUCUAAACAUCCCCAGUGAUGUUCCUAGCCUCAGCACUCUGCAGGAGGGCCUUCUCGGACUGGGGGAUAGCCAAGGGGAGGUCCAGGACCUUCUGCUGAAGCUGGUGGAAGCAGCACUCCACGACCCAGGCCUACCGCCUUUUUACCAGUCUGUGAAGAUCCUGGGUGAGAAGCUUGUUGACCUGGAGCUGACUCGUAGCACAGUGUCAGAGGGGGCUCGGGUCUUCCUUGAAGCACACCGGUUUGACACUGAAGUGUGCACCAGUUUGCGCACCAAAACCUUCCACACCCUAUCUCCAGACACCAAGGCUGCCAUCUUGGGCUUCCUGGUGGAAGAGCUGAAUGGCAGCAACAUUGUUAUAAGUGAGAUUGACAACACACUGGAAAACAUGGCUACCUACAGGAAAAACAAGUGGAUCAUCGAAGGGAAGCUGCGAAAGCUGAAGGCGGCGCUAGCACGGCGGACAGGCCGCUCUGAGGAGGAGCUGUGUCUGGAGGAGCGGAGGCGUAGCGCCCGGGUGGCCGAGGAGGAGAACCUCAGUCUGGAGGAGGGGAGUCCUCUGGAGCGAGGCAGCCGCCGCGCACGCAAGGAGGAGCCCAAACUCAGCGACAGUGACAGCCCCUCCAACGCCACCAUUCCAGAGCUGGAGAGACAGAUCGAUAAGCUAACCAAGCGGCAGGUGUUUUUCCGCAAGAAGCUGCUCCAGUCAUCCCACUCUCUCCGUGCUGUUUCUCUGGGCCAGGACCGCUUCAGGCGCAGGUACUGGGCCCUGCCCCACCUGGGGGGGGUCCUGGUCGAGGGCCCGGAGGAAAUCCUGGUUUCAGAAGACAUCCUGGUGGCAGAUGUGCCCAUCACUUUGGUGAAGAAGGAACCCAAGGUGGAGGAGAAGCCCACUCCCAUCACUCCUCCAUCCUCCUCCCCUCCCCCUCCUGCUCAGUCCAAGACCACCUCCCCGGAGGAGGACCCCCUCCCCGGCACAGCCUCCCUCAUGAGCAGCCCAAGGGGCCGUGGGCGCCCCCGCAAAAUCAAGCCAGAGGUGGAGCUGCAUCUCCGAACUGCCAAGAUCCGUCGCCGUCGCCGUAGCAGCAAGUCUGGAGGUGAGGAGGGGCCGGCCGUAACCAAGGACACCAACGGAACACAUGACCUCACACAGGCUGCCUUCCAAAACUGGCUCGGCCAAUCGCAGGGUGCGGUGACCAACGGAACAAGCCCCACGACAGGGGAGCCUGUGGAAGGACGCCAAGCAGAAGACAGCGUGAAAGAGAUGGCCCAGAAACAGGGACAGUGGUUUAACCUGCUGCCCAAAGAGCCGUGUGACCCCAACUCUCUGACCGAACCCCAGAUGCCAACCUCCACCAGCACCUCCCCCAAAGGCCCCCCUCAGCUGCCCAGCCACCUGCCUGCCCUGGCUGCUCCUCUCCUGCAGUCUGGCCCACAGCUGACAGGGCUGAACCCAGACGCCCCCCCCAACCCUCAGUUGGACACCAUUCCUCCCCUCCAGGGGGAUACCACUCCACCCCUUACUGCCACCCCAGCUCCUGCCCGACCGAUCCGCAGGAGGAGAAGGGGCAGCAGCCCCGCCAGGAGGGGGGGGGCUCGAGGGGGUGCAGCCAAGCGCCGCGGCCGGCCACCCUCCACCCUCUUCCAGGAGAUUGAACAGCAGUAUUUCACCCAGCUUGUGGUCAAGCCCAUCCCUGCAUCGAUGGUGCGUGGCUGGUGGUGGAUCAGGGACACAGAGGAGCUGGCUCUCACCCUGCGGGCCAUGCACCCCCGGGGCAUCAGGGAGAAGGUGCUCCACAAACACCUGGCCAAGCACAUGGACUACCUGACCGACAUGUGCACGCGCACAGUCAACGACCCUGUCUUCCAGGUGAAGGUGGAGGAGGGGGACGCUCUGCUGGAGGCCUUGCAGCAGCCGUGGCAGGUGCAGGAACGUUCUCUGGAGACGGACAUCAGCGCCCUCCGUUGGGUGGAGGACCUGGAGCAGAGGGUCAUCACUGCAGACCUACACCUCAAAGUGGCUCCUCAGAGUGGCACAGAUGGAAACACUGAGACACCAGCACCAGUAGCAGGAUUCCAGCCCUACACGGCCCCGGAGCCUGACUCCACCCGUGACGACCUUCAUUACUACGAGCACGACACUGAUCCUCGCGACGAUUGGAUAGUGCGGACCAAGAAGGAGUGGUCAGACCUUCCACGCAUCGCCACCCAUCCUCUGGACCUGGCCGUGCUGCGGCUGGCCAACCUGGAGAGGAACAUCGACAGACGCUACCUGAAGGAGCCCCUCUGGAACCUGGCCGAGGUGGUGCGCCUUGCCCCCCUCACGCCCUCCCCCGGAGAGGAGUCCCACAUGGAUGUCAUGAGUCUGGAAAGUGAGAUCACCCCUAGACUCAGGACGUGGAGGCAGGCCCUGGACCGCUGCCGCAGCGCCCCCCAAAUGUGCCUGUGUCUACUACAGCUGGAGAAGGCCAUCGCCUGGGAGAGAUCUGUGGUCAAAGUGACGUGCCUGCUGUGCCGGAAGGGUGACAACGACGAGUACCUGCUGCUUUGUGACGGCUGUGACCGUGGCUGCCACAUGUACUGCCUCAGACCCAAGGUCACCCAGGUCCCAGAGGGAGACUGGUUCUGUCCCACUUGCAGCUCCAAGGAGGACGAUGAGUCGCAGCAGACCCAGCGCUCCUCCAAACAGAGGACCCGGGUGAAGAAGAGGAGGUACGAGGACGGCAGCUCCGAUGAAGAGACGGCGCCCAGGCGCGGUGCCGGCAUGACCACGCGGCACAAGGACGGCCCCCCUGCCUCCUCCUCAUCCUCCCGUUACUCAGGAGACGGAGGCAGCGGAUGCUCCCCCGCCAAACGCCGUCGCAUGACGACCCGUAACCAGCCCGACCUCACCUACUGCGAGAUCAUCCUGAUGGAAAUGGAAGCUCACGCAGACGCCUGGCCCUUCCUGGAGCCUGUCAACCCACGCCUGGUGCCCGGCUACCGGCGCAUCAUCAAGACCCCCAUGGACUUCCUCACCAUGAGGGAGCGGCUGCUGCAGGGAGGGUACUGCAGCUGCGAGGAGUUUGCGGCGGACGCCCAGCUGGUGUUUAACAACUGUGAGCUCUUCAACGAGGACACCUCAGAGGUGGGCAUGGCCGGACACUCCAUGAGGCGCUUCUUUGAAAACCGCUGGGCGGAGUUCUAUGAGAAUAAGGACAAAUGAAGCCUGGAACACUGACUCGGGGGCGGGGCCACCAAGCCCCUCCCCUCAGCUGACGAGGAUGCUCUCUGAUGCUACCAAGACUGUUUGGAGACUCCUCCAGCCCACUGUAUACAUAUAUGUACAGAUAUAUAUGUAGAUAGUUGGUUAUAUGUCUCUGUUUUCUUUCUCAGCGUCACCUUUUUAAAACCCAGCCAUUGUUGGGUUGAGCCUCUACCUACCUGUCCCAUUUGAAGGAUGGUGUUUCUGAGCCCCUCACUACACCUGAACUAUCCUCACCUUUCACAGACCAACUCCCGUCUCAUGCUAAGGCCAGGUGCUUAGAGGUCGGGUGGUAGAGAGAGUGAGGCCCAGAGCUGAUCUGAACAGAGUUCUGUCAUGGCAAAGUUCAGGGGUCGAAUGGCCGCAUACGUGAUCUGCUCUAAGCACCUCUCCACCACAAAUGGAUCAAAACUCCUUCCUUCAGGCCUACAGCCUCUCUUACCUGUUUAAUGGAGAUGUAACGUAGUGUGGUCUUCUGCCUAGAAGCAAUUUUCUCUAUUUUUAUUAUAUAUAUAUUAUAUAUAUAUAUAUAUACACACACAUAUAUAUAUAUAUAAAGAUGACAAUAGCUGGGAUUAUUUAAUAGCAAUAGCUUGUAGUGAAUGUGUACAGACUACAUAGUAGAGAUGUCAAGAAGAUUUAUGAAAAGGCCAGUAAAACAAAUGGAAACGUUUUCUUAAGUAUUUAGAAUCUCCUGCAUUGUGUAAUCUCCUCAUUAGCCCACCACGCUCCCUCACGCUCCCUCACACUCACAUGCACUCCAACACCUCUCCUGCUGCUUUGCAAAGGACACUGGUUACUGAAACUGGAGGAUUAGAUGUUUGCUUAUUUCUGUCUUGUUUUUGUGUAGUCCUGGUACCCUCUCAUAAUCACAAACAGAUCUGCUAGUUUAGUAGCUGGACUAUUGAAAUGAAGUUUGUCCCUGACUGAAAUGUCUCUACUGCCAUUUUAACCACAGUUUACCUGGCUUUGUGUCAUAUCGUCAUUGCUUUUACUGUAACAUUCAAAUAGAUUAUACUGCAAAUGUCUCCAAAACUUACAUUGGAAAUUGAAUAACUUACUUCAGACAAUUGUAUUUUAGUGGCUUUUAAAGUUCUCUAAAUUCACAGAAAAGUCUUGAAUUCUAUCAAAUUCCAUGAACUACUGUGUUAGGUGGAGUAACAGUAUAUGUCCAUUUAAAUUGGUUUUUCCUUGGUGUAAUUUGCAAUUAGCCAAUAGUAAGCAGGCAGUCAUAGGUAUAGAAGAUAGUACUAUUUCUCGUGUUACAGAUAAAGCACUCUUCCUUGUUGUAGACACCGGCUGGUAAAAGAACCCUGACAUUGUACAUAUGUGUGAAUUAUUGCUUAUUUCACAUUCCUUUUUUAAUCCAAUGUUCUCUGACUGGAGGUUAGCCACUGUCUGCCAGGGCUGGCUCAGUAAUGAUGGGAAGGGCAUGAAGGCGGCAGGCGAAUUUUCCACCCUCUGGCUUUUAUUUAAGCGUAGUUUCUUACACUGAACUUAAAAUCGGUUGAUAGGAAGUUUUAUGUUCCUUGCUACACUAAAGGGACAGUUGUUUUUUCUAAAUAAACAAAAAAAAACAUGAAAAUAAAACCAAAUGUGGUGUUAAGUGAAUUUUUAAUAAUGUACAGUUUUUGUGACUUUAAAUUUGUUCCUUUCUAUAUUUUUAGGACCAAUAUAUCAUUUUUAAGAGGAGGUAUUACAAGACCAUGUUGUAUCAAGGUGAUGUAACACGUGUGCAUCUGUAGAAUGUACUGUGAGUUGAAUAAAAACCACAUCUAGUUGAGAAAGUA